AUGGCUGUUGGUAAGAACAAGAGAUUGUCUAAGGGUAAGAAAGGUAUCAAGAAGAGAGUUGUCGAUCCUUUCACCAGAAAAGAAUGGUUUGACAUCAAGGCUCCAUCCACCUUUGAAACCAGAAAUGUCGGUAAGACCUUGAUCAACAAGUCUACUGGUUUGAAGAACGCUGCCGAUGGUUUGAAGGGCAGAAUCUUCGAAGUCUCUUUGGCUGACUUGCAAAAACAAGAAGACUACUCUUUCAGAAAGGUCAAGUUGAGAGUCGAUGAGGUCCAAGGUAAGAACUUGUUGACCAACUUCCACGGUUACGACUUCACUUCUGACAAGAUCAGAUCCCUUGUUAGAAAAUGGCAAUCUUUGAUUGAAGCCAAUGUCACUGUUAAGACUGCUGACGACUACGUUGUCAGAUUGUUCUUGAUUGGUUUCACCAGAAGACAACAAAACCAAAUCAAAAAGACCACUUACGCUCAAUCUUCUCAAAUCAGAGCUGUCAGAAAGAAGGCUAUUGAAAUCAUCACCAAGGAAGUCCAAAACUCUACUUUGACUCAAUUGACCACCAAAUUGAUUCCAGAAGUCAUUGGCCGUGAAAUUGAAAAAGCUACCCAAUCCAUCUUCCCAUUGCAAAACGUUCACAUCAGAAAAGUCAAGUUGUUGAAACAACCAAAAUUCGACUUGGGUUCUUUGUUGGCUUUGCACGGUGAAGGUUCUGGUGAAGAAAAGGGUAAGAAGGUUGGUGGUUUCAAGGAUGUUGUCUUGGAAACUGUCUAA